GAAGCUGUAGCCGCUGACCGAGGCUCUGGGUCCAGCUCCCAUCUUGGAACAUGAUCUCAUUCAGAGGCGCCGGUUUUAUAUAUAAGGGAAGUUGAGGCUGGGAAACUCAUCAGAUGCUAGCAGUUGGCUACCCACGAAACUCAGCCACAUUCAGGGAGUUCUAAGACCCACCGACAACAUGGUGAUGCUACGAGUUGAAGAUCUGGUAACCGGUAAGAAGAGCCUGGCUAAGCCCGGGGAAUGGGAGGCUGGUUCGCUGAGCGCGCAGGAGGAGUUCCGAAGUGGAGGAUACUGCUCUGCCGUGGCGAUCGAGAAGCAGGAUGAUCUGAAGACCCAGACAGAGCCAUUCCAUUUCAUACCCAGCCACCAGCACCAGAAAGAGAAACUCCAGCCAGUGGCACACAGCAAAAAUAUAAAACCUGUGGAACAGAGACUGAAGCUUGAAACUAUAGACGAUCUUCAAUUCAUCGUUAGGUUGAAGAAAAAGAAACAGUCUAAGACUAUUGCAACGGGACUCCCAAAGGAACAAGAACCGGAAAUUAUAACUGAACCUGUAGAUGUUGAAGCGUUUUGGAGAGCGGCAUUGGACAACAAACCCCUUGUGGUGGAGAAAUACCUUGCAGAUGGUGGCCAACCGGAUGCUUGUGACCAGUUUAACAGGACUGCCCUGCAUCGCGCCUGCUCGGAGGGAAACGAAGAGAUUGUACUGAAACUACUGGAAGCCGGAGCCUCCACAGAGUUUCGCGAUAUGCUCGACGCAACAGCGGUCCACUGGUCCUGUCGCGGAGGCAGCCUGGAAGUUUUAAAAAUUUUGCUAAAUAAAGACGCAGCUGUAAACGCAAAAGACAAGUUAUGCAGUACUCCUUUGCACGUCGCUGUCAGGACCGGACAUUAUGAAUGUGCUGAACAUCUAAUCGCGUGCGGAGCCGAUCUUAAUGCUAGAGACAUUGAAGGAGACACGCCUCUGCACGAUGCAGUGCGACUAAACCGUUACCGACUAAUGAAGCUGCUGAUGAUCUACGGUGCCAAAAUCACUUUUAAAAAUUGUAACGGACAGACACCAUUGGAUCUUGUUCUUCAGUGGCAAACUGGCACAAAGGAAAUACUUAACCAAUUUAUGGAAACCUCGCAGAUGUCAUCAAAAUGAAGCCUGCUGUAGAGGAGUAAAGGGAGCCUCCUCCCUGUCCCCUCCUCCACCCCCAAGGAUGCCAGGUGCAUUCUGCCUUUGAUUUCUGAGAACUUCAACACAUUCGCCACAUGCUUAGUAUUAGAAAUGUUCAAUCUUCAAAGCUCAAUAUGACAAAAUCUAUUGAAAGUGCUUCAGUUCAUGCAUAAUGAAAAUGAACUUAGAGAAGUGAAAAGUCGAGACUUUUUUUAUAUGAAGACUGAAGUUCCUGCUGACAUUUUCAGCUGUCAGUAAGGGUUUAUUUGGAAAAUAGGAAGUUGAAGGAACGAGACUGGAGAACACUGAAGAACUGAAAUUCGGAGUGGUUUAUGGAUACAGGAUUGAUGUUUCAGAGAUAAUAUAUGGGACAAGGUGUUUUAAGAGUUUCACUUCUGUAAUUAAUUGGCAAUGGUGGAACGAUAUUUGAUUACCACCCUCCAUAUAUUACUAAGAUGGCAAUUCAGCUAUUAAAAUAGUUUAUUAAAAGAUAGUUGGAUUUGAAAGUGGGUUCUUGGAUGGAAUUUAGGAAUGGGCCAGAUGUAAGCCGAAAGUCAAUAAGUAAUGAUACUGAAAGUUAUGAACUGAAACUUUGAGGUAACGAACUAUAUUUAUGAUAUAUUAUUUGUACAUUUACAUGUUACAAAUUUGUAAAUUUUGUACACAGUAUGUACUGUUAUUUAUUUGCAACUUAAACAAAACGAGUUUGCUUUUGCAAGUGGGUUAUGAUUCCAAACAUCUAUUUAAGAAAAAUAGUAUUUUCUGUAAGACUAGUUAUACAAUCAUGGAGGAAAACCGAAAGCAAGUCUCCAACCUGGGUUGUGGUUUUUGAGGCUAAGAAUACAAAAAUCUGAGAUGUAUAUCAAUGGUCAUCUAGCAGAUUUAAACACAAUUGCAGCAAAGAUGUGACCGAGACCUUUGGUCACAGGCAAGCUUUUGUAUGUAGCCAGUGCAUUUGGGUGAUUGUGCCCAUGAAUCCGCCCAUGAAUACAUGCAUGUGACCUGAGGUAGAGUUGGAGACUCUCAUAAUGAAUAUCUUCAUGUCUUCUCCUCAGAAAGUGAUAUUAUUCAUAUAAUAUUUAAAGUGGUAUUGUGAUUUAUUUUGAAUAGUUAUUGUACUAUUUUACUUUGUGAUUUAUUUAAACAUUGAAAACCAUAUUGUAAGCAGAACAAAAAUAAACACAAUUGAGAUCUUUUCCAUCAUUUGAGGCAUGUUGGUAACUACAUUUAUAUUCACAUCACAGUUGUGCUAUUUAUGGAGGUAACAGGAUUCAAUAGCCACAGGCCAUUAAGAUGUCAAUGCUAUCUAGUAAGCAGGUGUGAUUAAUUCAAAUAACUAAUUAAUCAUGUAGUGCAAGGCUAUAACUGUCAAAUAAGUAUGUGACUGAGCAAAAAUCCAAAUAAUUAUGUAAAUAAUCAUUGUAGAAGCCACAAAGAGAAAUGUGAUCAAACCGAAAAAUCGAAUUAGCGCUGAGAGGCAUCUAAGCCUCUAAGCCAUAACUUAGUUCCUUUACGUGAAAGGUGCUGUCAAGGUCAUCUCAAGUGAUGGACUUUCUACUCAUGUCUGGAACAGGUCUGCCAAUUCCUACACCUAACUGGAAUAUUACUUUUAAUAUUCCAUUUAUUUCCCUAACUUUCUUCUUUUUCCAGGUGAUGGCAAUUUUCCAAAUUGUUAUUGGUAAUGUUCUGAGUGCUUCAAUCUUUAUUUUUGCUUUCCUACCCCCAUGAAAGGUUACAUAUUACUCCACCAGCACCCGAGCAGUGUCCAUCUUUAACCCCUAUUUCUGGUCCCUCACCAUACUAUUGGAAACUGCAUUUUUUCUGCCCUCUGUAAAUUGAUUACCUCUGGCCUUGAGGAACAACAGAAGAACUGCAAAAACUGCAGUCAGAAUUGAUGUACAACAUCCAGGCAAAAUUGAAAAGGAUGAUGAAUACAGUACUGAAGGUGUUAUAUCUGAAUGCACCCAGUAUACUAAAUAAGGUAGGUGCCCUUGUAGCACGGCUAGAUAGGCAGCUAUGAUGUAGCAUCACUUCAUUCUGCCUGAAAGAAGUUCAUAGCUUACCAUCCAAGGAUACAUCUUGAAUUGAAAUCACAAAGCAGAGGGGGUCAGGUGGGUGAUGAUAAAAAAAAUAAUGAAAUCAAAUCCUUAGAAAGAGGUGUCAUAGGAUCAAGAGAUGUAGAAUCCUUGUAAGUAGAGUUAAGAACUGCAAGUGUAUAAAGACCUGGAUGAGAGUUACAUAGACAGCCCAAACAGUAGGCAGGAGGUGGGAUAUAAGUUAAUGCAAGAUAAAAAAGGCAUGUAAUAAGGUCAAUAUUGUGAUAGUGAUGGAGGCUUUCAAUAUGCAGGCAGAUUGGAAAAAAUCAGGUUGGUGCUGGAUCCCAACAGAGCUUGUGGUUGAACCCACCAAGAAAAAGGCAAUUCUGGAUUGUGUAAUACACCAGAUUUGAUUAGGGAGCUUAAAGACAGUGAUCAUAAUGUGAUGAAAUUCACCCUGCGGUUUGAGAAUGAGAAGAAAAAAGUCAGAUGUAAGGAAAUUACAGCAGUACAAGAGAAUACCUGGCCAAGAUUGAUUGGUAGGGGUUGACGACAGAACAGCAAUGGCUGGAGUUUCUGGGGGUAAUUUGGAAGGCACAGGAAAGAUAUAUCCCAAAGAUGAAGAAGUAUUCUGAAUGGAGGAUGAGGCAACCAUGGCUGACAUGGGAAGUCAAAGAUAGGGUCAAAGCUAACGUGAAGGGAUAAAAAUAGCAAAAUAUUUGUGGGAAGCUAGAUGAUAAAAAUGCUUUUAAAAACCAAUUAUAAGGGCCAUUAAAAGAGAAAAGAUGAAAUAUUAAGGCAAGCUAGCCAAUAAGAUAAGAAACUAGAAAUUUUCUCCCCAGAUAUAUAAAGAUUUAAGAGAGAGACGAGAGUGGAUAUCAGACCAUUAAAAAAUGAUGCUGGAGAGGCAGUAAUGGGGAACAAAGAAAUGGCGGAUGACCUCAAUAAGUAUUUUGCAUCAGUCUUCACUGUGGAAGACACCAGCAGUAUGUCAGAAAUUUGAGAGUGUCAGGGGUCACAAGGGUGUGUAGCUGCUAUUACUGAGGAGAAGGUGCUUGUGAAGCUGAAAUGUCUGAAGGCCAAUAAAUCAACUGGACCAGAUGGACUCCACCCUAGACUGUGCAGGCAUUAGUAAUGAUCAUUCAGGAAACAAUAGAUUCUGGAAUGGUUCUGGAGGAGUGCAAAAUUGCAAAUGUCACUACAGUUUUUAAGAAGACAGGCAGAAGAGAGGAAGUUAUAGGUCUGUUAGUCUGACCUCAGUGCUUGCAAAGAUACUGGAAGCCCAUUAAUAAGGACGAGGUCUCGAGGUACAUGGAGGCGCAUGAUCAAGUAGGCAAAAGUUAGCAUGGUUUCCUUAAGAGGAAAUCUUGCCUGAGAAGAUGUGUUGGAAUGCUUUGAGGAAAUAACAGGCAGGGAGUGAGUGGAUUUUCAGGCCAGUGACAUGGUGCCACACAUGAGGCUGCUUAACAACAGCCUAUGGUAUUACAGAAAAUAUUCUAGCUUGGACAGAAGAUUGGUUGACUAGUAGGAGGAAAAGAGUGGGAAAAGAGGGAGCCUAUUCUGGAUGGCUGCUGGUGACUUGUGGUGUUUCGCAGGGGCCAGUAUUGGGACCGCUUCUUUUCACAUUAUGUGUCGAGGAUUUGGAUAACAGAAUUGAUAGCUUUGUGGCCAAGAUUUUAGACAAUACAAAGAUAGGUGGAGGGGCAGGUAUGGUUAAGGAAGCAGGGAGUCUGCAGGACUUAAAUUAGGUGAAUGGGCAAAGAAGUGGCAAAUGAAAUAUAGUGUAGCAAAGUGUAUGGUCAUAUACUUUGGUAGAAAAAAAAUAAAGGUGUAGACUAUUUUCUAAAUGAGGGGAAAAUUAAAAAAAAAAAUCGGAGGCACAAAGGGAUUUGGAGUCCUUGUGCAAGAUUGACUUGUAGGUGAAUCAGUGGUAAGAAAGGCAAAUGCAAUGUCAGCAUUAAUUUCGAAAGGACCAGUACAAGAACAAAGUUGUAAUGCUGAGGCUUUAUAAGGCAUUGGUCAGGCUGCCCUUGGGAGUAUUGAGCAGUUCUAGGCCCCAUAUCUAGGAUUAGACGUACUGACAUUGGAGUGGGUCCAGAGGAGGUUAUUGAGAAUUAUUCCGGAAUGAAAGGAUUAAUGUCUGAGGAGUGUUUGAUUGCUCUUGGACUAUACUCACUGGAGUUUAGAAUGGGGGGUGGGGUUCUCAUUGAAACCUAUCGAAUACUGAAAGGCUUAGAGAGUGGAUGCUUUUGUGACAGUUGUAGCCUUCCAUUUAUGGCACCAUCAUGACAAACCUAGUUUGCAUCAUUUCCAGUAGCUCAUGUAGUCUGCUUAUAAUAUGGAAACCAUUGACACAAUUCCAUUCCAGUUACUUGGCUGACGAUACUAUCAUACAAUAUCAAGACCAGAUUUGACCUUAAUUUGUGAGCAUGAAGACUCAGAGCUGCAUUUGUAUGAAUACGCUGUCUGUAAGAAACUUUGGCGUAAAAAUCUGGUCUGCAUCCAAUGAACUGUCUGUAAUGUAAAUGCUGGACAUGCUGAAUAGGACUUGUAGAGCAAAACUUGGACCUAGCUAUUGAACAAAUGGUGUAUUCAAAAUUUGCCACACACAUCCAGAUAAUUCUUUAUGGUAUGGACAAGUAUUUCAGUACAAACAAUGAGAAAGUACCUUAGAGAGGCAAUGCUGCCUCUCCCCAACAUUGGGUCAAUGAUGCCAA